CUGAACGGAGCAUCAUCCAGCUCGGCUCUGGCUAUCUCUGCUAUGAUCCUGGUCUCCAGGCGAAUGAAGCCGAAACCUCUUUCCUUGUUGAUAAAGAUUUCACUUGCCUUGCCAUACUUGUUGAACAGCUUCUCGAGAUCCUCCUCGGUAAUUCCGGUUGGUAGGUUCCCUACAAACAGCCUGCUGCGCUGGGUGAAGGUUUUCUCACCGGGCUUUCUGAAGCUAUGCAGAUCCAGGGUUAAGGCCUCGUUGGGGUUGGUCGGGCGGCGGUGCUCCGUCUGCUGGCCGUUGGCAUUUGUUCCUCCGGGCUUUUUCUGGUCUCCCGGGCGGUAGGACCCGUGGUUCUGCUGUGGGCCUCUGUUUCCUUGCAUUUUGUGGAAAAGAUUUAAAACCCGAGUCGAAGAAUCGCUCGACAAAAACACGUAAACUCUUAGCAAAGACUGGCGCACAAAGAGCUGCAAAAAUGGCGACGCUGCGUGCUGCCCCGACGUUAUUGUGACCUCAUUGUGAUGCGACUCAUGUAGAUAAAUGUGUGACGUAUUCUCUGUGCGACGGUACGAGAAACACUCAAAUCUGACCGGUGUCGGCUUUUUGUCAAAUCUUACAUUAUACAACGUUCAGUGUGUACAACCCUGCUUCUUCUAACGUUCAUGUAGGCAAUUUUCGUUAACGUUUCUGGUACAUUAGUUCGUUUUUGACUGUUUUUUGUUGCUGUGAACAGUUUCUCGCGAGACUACACGUUCACGUUGAGCGGGUGAUUUCGCGGGAAUUGUUUCGUUCGCUCACUGAAAAGGAAAACAACAACCAGUGAUAUCUAAAAAUAUAACUUAAUAGCUGAUGUAAACCGACGAACAUCUAAAGCGUGACUUUCCAUCUACUAAGGACAGUCAUGUUUUCCGACAUAAGCGCCCAGAAGGAGGCUUCCUCUCUGCUCUGCCGCCCUGCCUCCGAGGACCAGGGGCCGUUGUUUGAGAGGACGUCGCUGGCCUACAGUCUAUGCUCCGAGCGCUACACAGUCGGGGAGCGGAGCUUCAGUCGCCAGUAUGCUCACAUUUACGCAGCACGGCUCAUGCAGAUGAGGCCCUUGCUCUCAGAGAGAGCCCAGCAGAAGUGGGGACCAGAUGUGCUCAUCAGGAAGCUGUGUGAUCUUGAGACAGGGGAGCAGUGUUGCAUUGUGGGAACGUUGUUCAAGCGUAUGGAAUUGCAGCCAUCUAUUCUGAAAGAGAUCAGCGAGGAGCACAACCUGCUGCCUCAGCCUGCACGAGCCAAAUACAUCAGUGAAACGGAUGAGCUGAUUCUGGAGGAUGAGCUACAGAGGAUCAAGCUGAAGGGCAAAAUUGACAGAGACAAGUUUGUCACAGGGAGUGUUAUUGCAAUAUAUGGAGCCGAGAAGAAUGAUGGCAAGUUCACAGUUGAGGACUUUUGCAUGGCUGAUCUUCCGCCGCAGACACCAAGACCUGCGCUCAGCUCUGACAGGUUUGUGCUCCUGGUCUCAGGACUUGGUCUCGGCAGUAGUCAUGCUGACAGCAUGCUGGGGCUACAGUUGCUGGUUGACAUGAUAACUGGUCAGCUUGGUGACCAGGGGGAGCAGAGUGGGGCAGCAACAAUUUCCCGGGUCCUACUGGCUGGAAACCUCCUGAGCGAAAGCACCCAGGACAAGGACGCAUCAACGAAGCCCAAGUACCUCACCAAGAAGACUCAGGCUGGCAGCGUGGAGGCCAUCCGUCUGCUGGAUGAGCUGCUGUGUCAGCUGGUGGCCUCAGUUCCAGUGGAUGUAAUGCCCGGCCACCACGACCCCACCAACUACACUCUCCCUCAGCAGCCCCUCCACCGCUGCAUGUUCCCCUUGUCCUCCGUGUACCCCACACUACAGUUGGUCUCUAAUCCACACCAAGCUAAGAUUGAUGGAGUGAGGUUCCUGGGCACAUCAGGCCAGAACGUCUGUGACAUUCAGAGGUACAGCAGCAUGGACAAUCACCUGGAAAUCCUGGAGGAAACGCUACGACUCAGACACCUGGCCCCUACUGCACCGGAUACUCUGGGUUGUUACCCAUUUUACCAAAAAGACCCUUUCAUUUUGGAGGAGUGUCCCCACGUUUACUUCAGUGGCAACGCCCCAACCUUUGAGUCCAAGCUCAUCAAAGGUCCUGAUGGCCAGGAAAUCCUUUUGGUUACUAUUCCACACUUCAGCAGCACCCAAACGGCAUGCCUGGUCAAUUUACGCACUCUUGCGUGUGAGCCAGUCAGCUUCUCGGCCUUCUCUGCUGACGACGAUGAGGAAAGUGAGAUGAAUGUCAGCCACUGAGGAUCCAUAUCCACAUGCAGGAAAAUGUGCUGUCACUUCUUGGACACUGUUGAUGAAUAUUAAGACUGAUUUCACCUGACCACAGAGGAGUCACAACAACAUUGGGCCAAGACCGCUACACUGAUGCUGUCCAGUAUCAUAAUGGUCAAUGAAAAGCUGUUAGAACUGCCUUACAGGGUUACUUCUAGUGUUUCCUUUACGGUGUGUUGUUUUCUUUUUGUGAGAGAGAAAAAGGAGACAAGCGAUGUGUAUUAACAAGCCUUUAUUUGAAAAAUAACUCUACUCCAGCUGAGGCAACAAGACUCCUUCCCUCCUCUGACUCUGUUACCAAGUUUGAACAAAUGCUUUUUAAACCUCCAGUGACUGUUCAUACUGUAAAAAAUAUUUCUGCCAAGUAAAAAUAAAUUGUCAUGUCUUCUUUUUUAA